ACUUUGGCUGAGGAAAAAUCUCUGAAAAUCAUGAGAGUCAUAUGGAUGAUCUUUGCGCUGCUACUAAAUAUUCUGCAGUGCAUGGCAUCAGACGAUUCACCAUUCAAGCUUAACAACAAAGCUGGUUUUUGCUUGGUUAAACAUGAUUCUAUUUGCCAAGAAAUACGCUGGACAACUGCUGGACGAUUGCUGGUACCUGGGAAAAAUAAAUGCCUGGGAGUCGAGGGAGACACUGUGGGGAGCAAAGUAACCUUUUAUGACUGUGAUGAAACAAGUAAAUACCAAAAGUGGGAAUGUAAGAAUGAAACGCUGCUCGCCCUCCAAGGCCAGGAGCUUUAUGUUGAGCUCAAAGCUGACAGUACAGCCGUACUAUCGAGAGCAACUGGACCCAACUCUCAGCUCACAAUCUCAGGGACUCACAGUGGACCAUGCACUAGAACACAUAGAGAACUUUUCACUAUUGAAGGAAAUGCCGCAGGAAGGCCUUGCAUGUUCCCUUUCUAUUAUAAUAACCAGUGGUACUCAGACUGCACUUCAGAAGAGCGUCCUUGGUGUGCUGUUGAAACUAAAUACGAACAUGAGAUGUGGGGGUACUGCCCAACAAACACUAAGGACAAGUGGAUCAGACAUCCAACAAAUGGAGCAGUUUAUCAGCUGAACACAAACUCUGCUUUGACAUGGUGGGAGGCUGAAAAAAGUUGUAAGCAACAGAGUGCCUCCUUGCUCAGCAUCACAGAUCCUAAUGAGCAGGCUUAUAUCACAGCUUUACUCGAGCCAGGAGGUAUCCACCAAGGAUACAAACUUUGGACUGGGUUAACCUUGGAUUCUGAAAAUGGCUGGAAAUGGACCAAUGGGAGCCCAUUUCGUUACUUAAAUUGGGAUUCAGGACAUCCACUUACCAAUGCAGCAUUUAGCUGUGGGUUGAUGGAUGGUGCUUUAAGAUACUCAUGGCAAAGUUCAAAAUGCAACAAGAAACUGGGCUACAUUUGCUACAGUGAAGGAGUUCUACCUUCUCCAACUGAAGGUCUUGACAUGGGAUUCUGUUCAACACCAUGGAUUCCAUACAAUGGUCACUGCUUCCGUCUUGACCGCACUGGAAAAAGCUGGUCUGAUGCUCAACAAACCUGUCGUAAGGAGGGAGGAGACUUAGCGAGUAUCCGAAACACAGAGGACCAGAGUUUUGUUAUCUCUCAGCUUGGAUAUGCCCCAACUGACGAGCUUUGGAUUGGACUUAAUGACAUAAAAAGAGAAAGGUUGUUUGACUGGACUGACCACAGCAAAGUUAGCUUCACCAGCUGGGAGUUUGGAAGACCAGCUGCUGCAUCAGACCAUGAAGACUGUGUUCUGAUUAGGGGAGAGAGUGGAAACUGGGCUGAUCGGGACUGUAAGGAGAAACAUGGCUUUGUUUGUAUGAAAACCAGUGCUUCUGAACCCUCUAAAGAAGAAGGACAGCAGGAUACAGGGUGCAAAGUUGUGAAGCCUGAGGUCUCCGGCUUGGGUCCUCCCAUCUCUCUUGCUAAAGUCAUUGAGGUGGUUAAAAAGUUCCUCGGUGGCAAGGCUCCAGGGGUGGAUGAGAUUCGCCCUGAGUACCUUAGGGCUGUGGAUGUUAUAUUUGAGACGGCAGAGGGUAAGACCUGGUUUGAGGCUCAGAAAUACUGCAGAGCAAUUGGAGGAGAUCUAAUAAGCUUCCACAGUGCUGCUGAGCAACAACUGGAGAGACAGCGGUACAGCAGAUAUAACAACCUCUGGAUUGGACUCAGUGCCCCUGACCAGGACACUGGCUAUGUUUGGAGUGACGGUUCUCCAGUAAACUUUCAACACUGGCAAAGUGGAGAGCCAAACAACAAAAACAAAGUUGAAUCUUGUGUUGAAUUUUAUCAACGUCGUUGGGACCAAAGUGGAUCUUGGAAUGAUAAUCAAUGCGAGGGAUAUAAAGGCUGGAUUUGUCAGAUCCCUACAGGAGUCACUCCAAAGUCACCUCCACCCCCUCCGACCCCAGAUUAUAACCGUACCUCAGAUGGGUGGCUGGAAUGGAAUGGAAAUCAGUACUUUUUUGAAACAAAAACAAUGGCCAAUGAAGAUGCUCGACAAUCCUGCAAAGAGAAGCAUGGUGACCUUGUAACCAUUGACAGUGAAGCAGAGCGUAUUUUUCUGUGGAAACAGAUAUCCAAAAAGUGGGGUUCCUUUUGGAUUGGUCUGACGGUGGAUCUUGACAAAUCAUUUCAAUGGAUGGAUGGCUCUCCAGUCAUUUUUCAAAUGUGGGAUGUUGACGAACCCAGUUUCAAAAACUCUGAUGAAAACUGUGUUGUUAUGAGGACAUUCCAUGGGUUCUGGCAUGAUUAUAACUGUGGAUAUGAACAUAAAUCUAUUUGUAAGCGCAGUGGCUCACCUCAUGUCAAUGCUACUGUGGCCCCGACAAUGCCAAAAAAUGGCAGCUGCCAAACUGGUUGGAAAAAGAUGAACUAUAAGUGCUACAAGAUCAUAAAAAAACAAAACCUAACAUGGCAUGCAGCUAGGCAAGAAUGCCAAGACAUGAAUGGAAACCUGGCCUCCAUAUCCUCAAGACAUGAGCAAGUGUAUUUAAUGUCUGAAAUGGUCAGCACUCCAACUACAGACCUGUGGAUUGGUUUUCAUAAUUCCUACAAAGAGGGAUUUUUUUGGACUGAUGGACGGCCAAAGAAAUACAUCAACCUCAAAUUUCCUGAACGUUCUAGAUUUCCACCCCAUUUACGCUAUCGGGUACGAGAUCGAUAUACACUCUUACGUCACAGAGACCCUUUUAUGGACUAUGAAGAUCGGUACUUUCGGAUGUUUCAUUCUGAGGAUGUAGAAUGCGCAGUGAUCAACACUAAUCCUUCACUUGGUAUUGGAAAAUGGAUACCCAAGUCAUGCAAUGACACCAAUGGAUUUGUAUGUCUAAAAGAUGUUGAACCAAAUCUACAGGAUCCCUCUGAACCAACAACCCUUGACGACUACUUUAAAAUAAUUAAUGACUCCAUCAAGCUUGUUCCUCAGCAAAUGAACUGGGAUGCAGCUCAGAAGAACUGUGAGGCUGAUGGUGCCAAGCUGGCUAGCAUUCGAACGGAGUGGACACAGGCCUACAUUGAGCUGCUGGCUUUGAAUCUCAAUCGUCCUCUAUGGAUUGGACUCAACAAAGCACUGACUAAUAACUACUUCAGAUACAUUGAAGGCUGGCCAAUGACAUCUGCAUACUGGGGUCCAAGAGAACCACGUAGAGAAGGAAAUUGUGUCUAUGUUGAUGUAGAUGGAAAAUGGAAAGCUGAUAACUGCAAUCGGAACAUAAGCAGCGUUUGCAUGAAGUCCACAGACACACCACCAAAAGAUGACACAAAGGACUAUCCCGGAAUUUGUCCAGAGGACCCAGAUCAAGGUACCUCUCUGCAGCGCAAUUUCUGGAAACCUUACAGAGGUUUCUGUUACUUAUUUUUCUCUGAUGAGAAAGAGUGGCCAGAUGCAUCUACCAGCUGUUUAGCACAUGGUGGAGUUCUUGCCAGCAUCGCAGACCCCCAUGAACAGGAAUUCAUACAAAGCAACAUUGGAACAUUUAAAGACACGCACACAUCAUACUGGAUUGGGCUAUUCAAAACUCAUAAAGGAGAAUGGCUGUGGUCGGAUAAAACAGUUAUGGAUUAUUCCAACUGGCAAAGUGGUCAACCUCGUGAUAAUCCCUAUGGUUCGAUCAGUGCAUCAGAUGGGUCCUGGUCUACAGGGCAUCGGUGGCAUGAUAAGGCAUACAUUUGCAAAACUGCUAAAGUAUUACCACCAGUGUCAUCAUCAGUACCAAGUGUUGACAAACCUCUUGAAGGUCGGGUUCACCCAGGUUUAAUAGCUGCUCUAGUCAUUGCUGGGACUGCAGUGGUAGCUGGCUUUGCCCUCUUCCUGUUCAAGAAGUCUGGCCGUCAUAUAGCACCCAUAUCACUCCCUGGAGGCUUAACUGCCUUUGACAACCCACUUUUUAGGAACACCGGGUUGCAGCCAGAUUUGGUAGAUCGUAAAAAACUGGUGGGGGAUGCAGAUGAAGAUAAUACUCAGCCUGUGAUAACUAUAUAAUUAAAGAAUAGAAAAAUAGUAAGAACAUACAUAACAAUAACAUGUAGCAUUGCUAAAACUGUUGCAAUUUCUGUAAAUGUUUUUAUGG